AUGGAUGACGACCGCAAUGUUGCCAAGAAUCCGGCCACCGAAGAUGAGAAGACGAUUCUUCGCAACUUUGUGGCCAGGGAUGCCACGCCAGAGGAAAGGGAUAGCUUCCUUGUCAAGAACUAUGCCCACCUGAACGAGAAAGCUCGUGGCGUGUUCCAGGAUAUGAGCCCGACCGACCAAUACCGGGUCAUCUUCGAUGGCCCCAUGAAGGAAUCUAGAGACCCUGUGGAGAUCCUCUAUGGGAGAGUCAAGCGGUUCCUCGACAUGGAGUUACAGCUCCGUGCGUUGUCGGGCCGAACGGGCAAGGAGCAACAGACCUCCGUCAAGAAGCAGCCCAGCAAGAAAAUGCAGGAGCUCUCUGCACGAAUCGCGCACUCGUUGGACAACCCCAUCUACGAGGAGGUGCCGGCUCACGAGCGACGGUGCGCUGGGGUGGACCAGAAGUUGGAGGACGCAAAGCCGAAGGUGAUGGAAGGCACUGUGAAGGGCAUCGGCGGUGUGAUUGAGGCUUUGCAGAAAAAGUAUGCCAUGCACAAGGGCGAGCGUGUGAAGGUCCUGGGAGAAGCCAAGGACCUUUGGAAGGUGGAAGGCGAGCGGACCAUCCCCAAGUGCCAGGUGAACACAGGCUGGAAGUGGGUGCUCAAGGGUGCAGAGGACGAAGCGAAGAAGAAAGCAGAAGAGGACGCCAAGAAGAAGGCGGCUAAGGAGGACAGGGACAGAGACGGGAAGAAGAGUCAGCCACGUCUCCAGGAGGCCAAGAGGCAGGCCGCUGAAGCCAAGAAGGCUGAUGAGGCCAAGGAGGACAAGAAGGCCUCUAAAGAUGGAAAGAACAAGAAGGAGGCAGACAAGAAGGACAAGAAGGAGGGAAAGGAGAAAGACCCAAAGAAGGACAAGGACAAGGCCAAGGAGAAAGAGAAGGAGAAGGAGAAGAGCAAGGACAAGGCAAAGGAGAAGGAGAAGGAGAAGAGCAAGACAAAAAAGUCCGAAGAAGCAAAAGACAGAGGAGCUUCGAAAGCAAAGAAGCGCAAGCACGCCUCCGACAGCGAGGAGGAAGAGGCCUCGUGUGCCAGCUCGAGGAAGCGGCCCAAAAAGAAGGCCAAAUCCUCGGAAAGAAGGCAGAAGAGUCGCACAAAAAGCCAGAAGCAGAAGAGGCGGAGAAGCUCUGAUGACUCCGAGGGCGAGGACUCCUCCUAG